CUUGCCAUACAACACAGGGACACUGCUGUUUGUAUGUCAAUAAUGGAUACGAGCUAACUGUCUAGCGGGAAUGCGCUCAUAACUGCCGAGGAAGCGCGGCUACAUUGUUUAAUAUAUCACCAAGUGUCACUCUAUAUAUUAGGUCCAACAUUUAAUUCCUGUUUUGUGACUCGAAUCUUCCGGUCUGUAGACAGCUAUGGGUGGACUGGGGAAUGGGCGUCGUGGAGGAAGAUCACCCCCUCUAAUGAUUGGCGCUCUAAUCGCCUGUAUCCUGGUUCUGGGCUUUAACUACUGGGUGUCCAGCUCACGCAACCUGGAGCUGCAGACUAAGCUCUAUGAGUUGGAGGGCCAAGUUCGACGUGGAGCAGCAGAGCGAGGAGCUGCAGAGAUGAAGAAGAAUGAGUUCCAAGAGGAGAUCCAGAGACAGAAGGAGCAGAUCAGCCACAUAGAAAACCUCUACAAGAGACAGCUGGAAGGAGCCCAGAACACUUGCAGCCAAGAGAAGGGCACACUGCAGCAGAAUGUUUCCUCCUCUACCAAAACCAUACAGGAACUCACAGGGCAGUUGAAUCAGCUAAAUGAUGACCUGGGGAAGCUGCAGAAGGAGCUACAGAGUUGCCAAGGCAACAUCAACACUCUUAACAGCAAACUCACUUAUGACAUGACCCAUUGUCAAUCCCAGGUUCUGUCCCAGAAGGAAUUGUGUGAUGAGAGAGUGGCGGCUGUUAAACUUGAAGCUCAGAAAAAAAUGGAGAAGCUCAUUGUCCCUGCAGCAGGCAUCACAACACAGGAAAAUGCAGUGGAUGGAGCAGUAAACGAGGACAGACCAGUUAUGACUGAAGCUGAUAAGACACCAACUGUUGUAAACCACACUCCAAGCCUAUCUCAGCCAAAAGGAAAUGAACCUGAACUACUGACCAAUGAGAUCAUUGUAGACAAAGUGGACCUGCCUUCAGUGAAGGAUCUAUCCAAGGUAGAUUUCACUUUUGUUCCCUCUGCUGCUGCAGUCAAGCAGGACAUUUUGCUACCACCAGGGGGAGCUGACAAAACACAGGAGGUUGAUCCAGAGAACAACAAACUCUUGAAGAAUAAUCUGACUGAGGAUAAAGCGAUGGAAGUGAUGGAUGAUCAUGAAGAGGGAGCUCAGACACAAGAGGCAGAUCCUGGGAUGGAAGGCAUGCUGAUCGGCCAGGGGAAGACAGAUGAGACUCUUGUUGGUCAGAAACUGGAGGAGCCAGAAGAGUAUGAUGCAGUGGGUGGAGUCGAUUUGGAGAAACAACAGCAGAGUAACCGGCCUGAAAAUAUAGACAUGGCGGAGGAGCUGGCUGACUAUAACGGGGAUGAUGAGAAUGAAGGAGAGUUCGAAGCAGACAAACAAGCUGAACUUGCUCAAAACUAA